AUGAAGACCAUCGCAGCCCUCGCCCUUCUGGGUGCCGCUCAGGCUCACUACACCUUCCCCGGCCUAAUCUACGACGGCAUCACCGAAGCCGACUGGACCUACGUGCGGCAGACCACAAACUUCAACUCGCACGGCCCGGUGCAAGACGUGACGUCCGAGCAACUGCGGUGCUACCAGCUGGCCGACGGCUCCGAGGGCGUCUCCACCAUGUCCGUCAAGGCCGGCGACACGGUCGGCUUCCGCGUCGACCCCGAGAUCCAGCACCCGGGCCCGCUGCAGUUCUACAUGGCCAAGGCCCCCUCCGACGCCGACGACUUCGACGGCGACGGCGACGUCUGGUUCAAGAUCUACGAGGACGGCCCGACGUUCGGGACCGAGAUCACUUGGCCCUCUUCGGGACUGAGCGAGGUCCAGGUCACGAUCCCGACUUGUAUUGCUGAUGGGAGUUACUUGCUUCGCGUGGAGCAUAUUGCGCUGCAUAGCGCGAGCCAGGUUGGUGGUGCUCAGUUCUACAUAGGAUGUGCCCAGUUGGAGGUUUCCGGCGGCGGCUCGAAGACGUUCUCGGGCGUGGCCCUUCCUGGCGCAUACUCGGCUACCGACCCUGGCAUUCUGUUCCAGCUCUACUACCCGGUCCCGACCAGCUACACCAACCCGGGUCCCGCGGUCAUUGCUUGCUAA